AUGGGAAGUCAUGAGGUCUCAGUCAACGAGGAAGGUGCUCGUGUUUUAAUUCUCCCACGCGUAGAAACCUCUUCUCCUCAUUUUCUCUCCUCACGUCUCAUCCCACAUCUCAUCCCACCCACCCUUCUCAUCAACACAACCACUCAUUUACCCCAUAUCAUUAUGGAAAACCUUCCUCCAACCGAGGAAAACCCUCCUUCAGUGGGUGAGACCCCAAAGAAAAAGAAGAAACGCAACCCAAGUUUCCGCCGUUAUCUGCGCAAUCACGGCAUCGAUGUUCCCCCGGUUGUUGAAGGAGUACGGGAUCCUGCGCUGCCUCCAAAGCGCAAGCGGAACCAGCGCCGCCCUGGCAAGAAAAGGGCCAAGAAGAGAAAGUUGGCUGCCGCUGCCGCUACCGCCAACGAAGCCGAUGGAGCCGAUGGAGCCGACAAUAACGCCAAUGAGCCAUCUUCGUCUGCUGAAUCUUCUGGCACCGCCCUUCUGCGCUCGCGUUCACACUCGCCUGCGCCUGCACCUGCUCUCACUCCUGUUCCCGCGCCUGCUCCCACGCCUGUUUCUGGCUCUGCUUCUGACUCUGCUUCUGACUCUGCUCCUGGUUCUGCUCCUGGUUCUGCUCCUGGUCCUGCCCCGUUGCCUGCCCUAUGUGUUGGGGACCCUGUAGACCCGCAGGGUCUCUGA